AUGAAGAGAUACCAGUGUCUAUGGCUUCUCAUGAUUAAUGAAAUCUGGAAUGUCUCUGCAGGAUGCCCAGAUCAUUGGAUGCGUUUUUCAAACAAGUGUUAUUUGUUUGUUACUCGCUAUCCUUUAGAAUGGAUCGAUGCAAUGACCUUCUGCAAGACCAAUGGGGCAAAGUUGGCUGAGGUAAAAUCGUCAUCAGAAAACUACUUUCUUCAACAUGAAGCCAGGCGCCUUAAAGGAAGUUUUUGGCUCGGUGGUUCAGAUAUCAUUAUGGAAGGAGUAUGGAAGUGGAUGGAUAGUAACAAAAGAUUUUACUAUUCAGCCUGGCCACGUGGACAACCCGAUAAUUAUAGAGGUAGAGAACAUUGUCUGCAUUUCUUUGGUGGAUACCAUUACGUCUGGAAUGAUACAGAAUGUAACAGAAGAUCUAACUUUAUCUGUGAAAAAGCUAUAUAA